UUCAAAUUCAAUUGAUGUCACAAAUUCCUCGUGUACAAUAUAAAUAGUGUAUAGUGUACAAUGAUAAAAUAUAACUUUUUAAAAUCAAAUAUCGUUGCAGGGACUUUGCAAUGAAAAAAUAGAAGGGGAUGUUUCUUUACAAUUAGAUGCUUGGAGUGAUAGAAAUAGUGCAAGGAAAAUGUAAAGAAAAAGUAUAACUUGUUAAGAUACCUGCAGAUAGGUGGGGAGAUGUUACUCCUGCUAUGAUUCUCAACUCCAUUUACGAUGAAACUCAGUGUGUUCGAACGCAGUGGUUCACGAUUGUUCCUCCUGUUUUCAUUUAGUUUGAUCGAGCUCGUGUUGCUUCUUCGACUCUCCUUCCGAUUUUAUAUACUGAAAUAUCUUUAAAGGAACUUGAUUUACUUUUAUUGGAUUAAUCUUGCUAAAUUUUGAAAAAUGGGCGAAUUGACCCAGAUACAAUCCUUUUAUAAAGGAAAAAUCAUUUUUGUAACUGGUGGAACCGGUUUCAUGGGAAAAGUUCUCAUUGAGAAAUUACUUUAUAGCUGCAGCGAUUUAAAUAAGAUUUUUAUUUUGAUACGGUCGAAAAGAGGUCGUACUCCUGAAAUACGUGUCGACGAAAUGUUUAAAUUACCCAUGUUCCAAAGAAUACGUAAAGAAAAGCCUGAAAUGAUGAAGAAAGUUAAAGCCUUGAGCGGGGACGUCGGUAUGAAGAAUUUAGGACUGUCUAACGAGCAACUCGAUAUAUUGAUCAACGAAACUGACAUAGUAUUCCAUUGUGCUGCAACCCUAAGAUUAGAAUCUAAGUUGAAAGACGCUAUUGAUAUGAAUACGAUUGGAACGAAAAGAGUUAUAGAAUUAAGUAAAAAGAUGAAAGUGCUGAAGGCAUUUGUGCAUCUGAGCACAGCCUUCUGUUACGCUGAUAAAGAAGAACUCGAUGAGAAAGUCUACGAACCAUCAGCUGAUCCUCACGAUGUUAUGAGACUGGUUCAAUGGUUGGAUGAAAGUACCAUCGAUCUUAUCACACCCAAGAUUUUGGAUCUUCAUCCGAAUACUUACACGUUUUCUAAGAGAUUAUCCGAAAAGCUGAUAGCAGAUGAAUAUCCAAAUUUACCUUGCAGCAUCGCCAGACCAUCGAUAGUAACUCCAGCUCUGGCAGAACCAUUACCCGGUUGGGUGGAUAAUCUAAAUGGACCUGUGGGCCUUAUGGUGGGUGCAGGCAAAGGCGUGAUAAGAUCUAUGCUCUGUAAUGGACGCUAUCAUGCCGAAGUAAUACCCGUCGAUCUUGCUAUUAAUGCUUUAAUUGCAAUUGCCUAUAGGACAGCUAUAGUGAAUGUUAAACAAACCGCAAAUAUACCGGUGUACAAUAUUACGCAAAGUGGCAUAUUACCUAUCACUUGGGGAGAAGUAUUGGGAAAAGGGAAAAAGAUCGCGUAUCAGUAUCCUUUUGAAGGACAAAUUUGGUAUCCAUCCGGUGACAUACACGACAGCAAAUUCCUGCACAACCUGAUCGUUUUCUUCUUCCACAUUAUACCGGCUAUGGUUCGCCUUCAAAACCGUAUUUCCGUUGGGCUUGAAGUUUUACAGUAUUUCACUACAAGGGAAUGGAUUUUCCAUAACACGAACUUGCUAAUAAUGUGGGGUGAAAUGAGUCCCAAGGACAAAAAGAUUUUUCCGAUUGAUUUCUUGUCGAUCGACGACACCGCGUAUAUAAAAACUUGCAUUCUAGGUGCACGGCAAUAUUGCAUGAAAGAGAAUUUAUCCACCUUGCCGAAAGCCAGGAGACACCAAGCAAUAUUAUACGUCAUUCACAUAAUUGCUGUCUAUCUAUUUUACUUCGGAAUACUGUAUCUUAUUUACAAGAACUUCGAAGUAGCAAGAACUGGUCUGGAUUCUGUUACGGAGCACAUAAAAUCAUUAUCAAUUUUGGGCGGAGUUAUAUAAAGGGUUCAUCCAUAAUGGUACAACAUGCACACAACAAUUUACUAUAACUCCAAAACUAUAUCUUGCAAUUACUGACAAGCUUCGUUAGGAAUCUUCAUGUAUUAUACACGAUUUAAUAGCACCAAUUAUUAUUUACGCGAAUUAAAUGUUUUUAUAUCAUUAGAAACUUAACCUGGAGCGGAAUAUUAUAAAAUAUAGAUUUCAACAUGUGGUGAUAAUGCAAUAUUUUAUUCGUGUUAUUUUGUUUGUAUAUAUUUCAUUUGUAUGACAGGUAGAACAUUUCCAAUAAAAAUCUUAUUUUUCACGUUA